AUCAGUUGCCCUCCGUGACUUCCUCCGUCUUCCCAUCAUCAUCUCGCCUCUUGUCAUCAUCUCUCUGCCUGUUGGGAUUUCUUUUUCCCUGCGAGUGGAGGCUUGUGAGGCUCUUUUUCAUCCUCGUCAAGUUCAUGAUUGUCUACCCCACGGCAUUCCCUAGUCCUUGUUGCACUAGAUUCGCCGUGAUCGACACCGCCUAAACUACACCACCGAUUCCCUUCCACCUCUUGCACCUCUUACCAUCCAUCGUCCGUCCAACAUGGCAAGCUCUCAUCCCCAUACCGGCCCUGUAGGCCCAGACACCCUCAUCACCGUCAAGGUCAUCAUCGAUGGCACCAAUCGACGAUUCAAACUCGCUUUGAGGGAUCUCGGAGCAAACACUCUUCCUCAGAAGCUUCGUUUCCUGCUCAGCAUUCCUCCAGAGCAAGAGGUUCGCUUUGACCGCUUUUCCGACUCGGCCGGAACUUACAUCACACUCGAUAGCAACAAUCCUGCUAUCUACAAGCAGCUCUAUCGAGCAGCCAAGGCAAAAUUGAAGCUACGCCUGAAAGCUACCGUUGUCAAGUCUCCCCAAAUGGAAAAGGACACUGAAAAGGUGGUUCCAGCUGCGCCACCCAGCCCCAAGGCCUUCAACACUGCAUCUUCUACUGCAGCCGCCUCCAACGAUGCUAGACAAAGCUUCCUGGAGACCGUUCUCUCUCAGCCUUCGGAGAACAUGAAUGGCACCCCUUUCCAGGUGUUCCAGAAGACCUGUUCUUAUUCACCUCGCUGCUCUAUCCCGGGGGCCUUCGAACAGCCUCCUCUCGUCGAGGGACUAACCAAACAAGCCGUAGAGGCCCGCAGUGAACUCCACAGCCUACCUGUCCUCCCAUGUCUACCGGCUCUCCCUGUGGCUGCCGACUUCCCCAUGACUACGUACAGCAUUGACUGCAAUUUCUGCGGCAAACACGUGCCAAGCGAGCAUUAUCACUGCAGCAUCUGCGAGAACGGUGACUUUGACCUUUGCAAGGCCUGUAUCAUUGACGGAGUCACCUGUGACGGGGAUGAUCACUGGCUUAUCAAGAGAACUAUUCACAAUGGCGUUGUCAUCCCCAGCACCACCGAGACACUUCCUCCCAAGAAGACGGUCAAGCCUGAGCCGAACGACUCUGAGGAAUCUGCCACACCUCUCGGCCCCGAGCAUUGCGAGGAGGAUGAACGUACCUGCAACUGUUGUAUUGGAUUGUUCCCAUGCCGAGAACUCGUCAACUGCGAGGAUUGCGCAGACUUUGACCUCUGCCUGAUCUGUUUCACUAACGGUGAUCAUGGCCAUGACCCAUCGCAUACCUUCGACGAAGCUGUCAAGUACUCUCUUGAUUCCGGCGUCCGGGCUCUCUGUGCUCCUGGUCGUGGUGUUCGUCAUGAGGCAGUCUGCGAUGGCUGUGAUAAGGCCAUCAUUGGAGUCCGCCACAAGUGUUUGACUUGCCCAGACUUUGAUUUCUGCAACGACUGUAUUGGAGAUGCGUCCUGGAAGCACCCCGGCCAUCGUUUUGCUCCUCUGUACAUUCCAAUUCCUGUCUUGCGAGAAGCAAAGGAAGUUCAUCGCGGUAUCUACUGCGAUGGCCCUCUGUGCAAGUCGGACCGACGUUAUAUUACGGGCGAUCGCUAUAAGUGCGCUAUCUGCCACGAUACUGACUUCUGUGCCAAGUGUGAGGCCUGGCCAUACAACACUCACAAUGCAACCCAUCCCUUGAUCAAGAUCAAGACAGCCCUGCGACACGUUCAGAUCACCACGCAACAAGAGACGGAGGGAGACCAAGGCAUUACUCAGCUUGGAGAUAAGCCAGAGGCAAAGCAUGCCGCCACUGAAACCGUUCGACCCGCCUCUACCAAUGCCGCCACCCAGGUGCAGACUGUCGCCGAGGUCAAGCCUGCUGAGACCACUCCAGCAACGGCGGAUGAGACUGUCGCACAGCCAGCGCUUACUCCCAGCUUGAAGGACCUUCAGGCCUGGUACGUCUCAGACUCGACUCCCGACGGAACCAAGGUCGAGGCAAACCACCUCGUGUCUCAGACCUGGGUUUUGCGUAAUCCAGGACCAGAAGCUUGGCCUGCUGGCUGUGCCGUUCAUUACAUUGGUGGGGACGAUAUGCGCAACUUGGACAAUCUCCAUCCGUCAAGCGUCAGUAACAUGAUCGCGGCCAAUCGCAGCAAUGUCUUGUCCACCAGCCUCGAGCCAGGCAAGACCGCCCAGUUCACGGUCCUCGUCAAAUCCCCAUCUCGUCAAGGCCGUUACAUUUCCUACUGGCGUCUUAAGACCCCUGGUGGUAUUCCAUUUGGCCACAAGCUCUGGGUUGACAUUGUUGUUGUUGACACCGCACCGGUUGAGAAACCCAUGUCUGUUCCUGUCGAUCUUCCAAUCCGAACCCCUCUGCUUCCAAAUGGAGAGGGUGCUCAGCACGAGGAUGACAAGUCUGAGGCGUCUAGCUCUACUAUGAUCUUCCCCAAGCUCGAUAAGGAGUCUCCUGUAUCCAGCACUCAUAACGUCAGCGAGCAGGUGACGGAGGAAGCGCAUGUUGAUAUUGUAGAGCCUGAGGUUUCAGCUGAGACCGUGGAUUCCUUUGAGGAUGUCGAGAGCCUAGAGCUUGAUGAGACUGAUUCCGAGGACCAAGGAUUCCUGACCGACGAGGAGUACGACAUCUUGGAUGGCAGUGAUGAUGACUUUUACGCUGCGGCGGAAGAAAAGACUCGUAAGGAAUAAGCUCUAUUAUAGUCAGGGAUGGCAAAUGUUUUCAAGUUGAUUGUCGGGAAACCAGAGCUUGGUCCAAGGCCAUGGUCUCCGUUUAUGCAAGCGAGCCUGAUCUGAGACAGAUGCCUGGAUCCCUGCAGCAAGGAACUGAAUGACAGCUUGGUUUAGUCUGCUGAAACGGCGUGGUUGUGGAGGACAAUGGACAAUGGGAAAGGAUCGGGCUGGAAUGGGUUGGGUGUAUGCAGUUGUCUUGCUUUUCAUAUCUUUGCUACGUUCAAUUCGAAUCUCCAUGUGAUGACGCUCGGGUUCAAGGUUAGACAAAGGCUAUACUAGAGCUCUAGAGUGUGACACGAUAGGAGGCAACAUGCUGGUGGGAUGAGACCAUCCUAUAGAAGUUACAACGUGGUGCACGUGAUACCAAGUCGUGCGGAUUUUUACAAGUGAUAACGGUCCUACAAGUCAAGAGAGGGGUAAUUAAUAGUAGCCACGGCACAGAUCUAAUUC